GAUUUUCUUGUCAGUUUUGUUUUCUUAUAUAAGCCAAAGUACUUUGUUAACGUAUAACCAUAUACAUAAAGCACCGUUUGAAGAGAUAGAAUAUAUGUUAUAGAUAAGUAAAGUUUAUAUAUGUAUAUCUAUAUGUGUAACAACAAUAUUAUUUUUAGUAAAAAAAUUAGUUGUUUAUGUUAAUGUUAUAAUAUCUAUAAUGAAAUAUUAACAUUAUUUACAUAUCUAUGUUAAUAUAAUAACUACAUAACAGUUGAUUGAUUGAUAAAAUAUUUAAUUAUAAUUGAUGUCUCAACGUACAAAAGUCAUCAAUUUAUACAAGACGCUCUUGUAUAUGGGUCGAGAUUAUCCAAGAGGUUAUGAAUUUUUCAGAAAAAAUGUAAGAAAAGUUUUUGAAAAAAAUAAAGAAGAACGUGAUCCUGAAAAAAUUGAUAAAAUGUUGGCUCAUGGUGAUUUUGUUAUUAAAGAACUAGAAGCUUUAUAUAUGUUACGCAAGUAUAGGACAUUAAAGAAAAGAUAUUAUGAAAAAUAAUAUAUUAUAUUUAUACUAUUAUAUUUGAAUAUAAAAUAAAAAAAAAUUUA